ACAAAUGUAAAAUUGAAAGUGCCAGAUUUGUCUCUACUGAACUUGAAACUAAUGGACUUCUGGAAAAUAUUAUGCGAGCAUAUUCUUUAUAUUUUUCUAUGGAGCAAUCAUUACUAAAUACAAGCAUUAAAUAUUAUCAAAAUGUUUCGUAUUCUAUCAUUGAGCCUAAUGGCGAUUAUCAAUACGUAAAAUUUUGUGUAGGUGAAAUAGUAGAAACUGUUCUAUCUAAUGACAGGAAGUCUGCAUUCGGAAUGCUGGAAGAUCUUAAAAAAAUUGAUGAUUUACUGGGCUGUCCUCUUUAUCGUCUUCAACAUACCUCUAAUAAUUCUUGGGAUCGAAUUCACCCAAUCUCUAUUGUGUCAAGAUCACCAAAUAUUUUAUUUGCUCACAAUUGUAAAUCAAGGUGUUCUUCACAACAACAUGACGUUGCAAAUCAUGAAUAUAUUCGAAAUGAUUUUUUUUCACAGCCAUCUAAAGAAUCAUGA